AAAACAGUUUUCCCCGCCUUCCGAACGCCGACGUCACCUCCUCCGGACCAGGCCGUGAUUGGCUGCGGGGAGCCGGAAGCGAGGGCGGGCGCUCCGUCCCCGUUGCCGCAGUGACAGGACCAGAGCGCUCCUCAGAAGCUGGGAAAUGGCGGCAGCAUCAUCGUCGUCGCGUCGCUCCCAGCAGCAUCAUCACCACCCACCUCAUCACCCGGUACAGACGCCCGUGUCGCCGCCGCGGAGCCCCAGGCUCUCCCCUACCGGCCCUUCCCCUCAGCAGAGGCCCAGCCUCUCCGGACCCGAGGGGGAGGCUCCAGGGGGGAGCAGCGGCCGGGAAGGGACGGCCGCGCCGGAGAGGCCUUUCUCUCCGGAGAGUGUCGGCGAGAGCGGGGCGCCUCCCGCUCCCCCGGGCUCCGGGGCCAGCAGCGCCGCCAACAGCAGCAGCUCCAGCUCCGGCUCCGGCUCUUCGUCGUCUUCGGCGGCCUCCAGUCCGGCCGCCCCCGAGAGCCCCGACCCGCCCCCUCCGCCGCUGCAGCCGCCACCUCCGCCUGUGGGAAGCGGCGCCUUUCGGGAGCUGCUCGAGGCCUGUCGGAAUGGGGACGUGACCCGGGUCAGGCGACUGGUCGAUGCCUCCAACGUCAACGCCAAGGAUAUGGCCGGGAGGAAAUCCACUCCUUUACACUUCGCCGCAGGUUUUGGAAGAAAGGAUGUGGUAGAACACUUAUUGCAGACUGGAGCCAAUGUCCAUGCUCGUGAUGAUGGUGGACUGAUACCUCUUCAUAAUGCUUGCUCUUUUGGGCAUGCUGAGGUAGUUAGCCUUUUGCUGUGUCAGGGCGCGGAUCCAAAUGCCAGAGACAACUGGAACUAUACUCCUCUACAUGAAGCUGCUAUCAAAGGCAAGAUAGAUGUUUGCAUUGUACUGCUGCAACAUGGAGCCGAUCCAAAUAUUCGGAACACAGAUGGGAAAUCAGCCCUGGAUCUUGCAGAUCCUUCUGCAAAAGCUGUCCUUACAGGUGAAUACAAGAAGGACGAACUCCUGGAAGCUGCUAGGAGUGGCAAUGAAGAAAAACUGAUGGCUUUGUUGACACCUUUAAAUGUGAACUGCCAUGCAAGUGAUGGGCGAAAAUCUACUCCAUUACAUUUGGCUGCAGGAUACAACAGAGUUCGAAUAGUUCAGCUGUUGCUUCAGCACGGAGCAGAUGUCCAUGCAAAGGAUAAGGGUGGACUUGUACCUCUCCAUAAUGCAUGCUCCUAUGGACAUUUUGAAGUUACAGAACUCCUGUUGAAGCAUGGGGCCUGUGUUAAUGCAAUGGAUCUCUGGCAGUUUACUCCAUUACAUGAAGCUGCUUCCAAGAAUCGAGUGGAAGUUUGUUCUUUGUUACUGAGUCACGGUGCAGAUCCAACAUUAGUCAACUGUCAUGGCAAGAGUGCUGUGGACAUGGCCCCAACACCUGAGCUAAAAGAGAGACUCACUUAUGAAUUUAAAGGACAUUCCUUACUACAAGCAGCAAGAGAAGCUGACUUAGCCAAAGUAAAGAAGACACUUGCCUUGGAGGUCAUUAAUUUCAAGCAACCACAGUCCCAUGAGACAGCGCUGCACUGUGCCGUGGCUUCUCUUCACCCCAAACGGAAACAAGUCACUGAGUUGUUGCUUCGGAAAGGUGCCAACGUUAAUGAGAAAAACAAAGAUUUCAUGACUCCUUUGCAUAUUGCUGCGGAACGAGCUCACAACGAUGUUAUGGAAGUUCUUCAUAAACAUGGAGCAAAGAUGAAUGCACUAGACACACUUGGACAAACAGCUUUGCACAGGGCGGCUUUGGGAGGACACCUGCAGACUUGUCGGCUCUUGCUCAAUUACGGCUCUGACCCCUCCAUAAUUUCUCUGCAAGGUUUCACGGCAGCACAGAUGGGCAAUGAAGCAGUGCAGCAAAUAUUGAAUGAGAGCACUCCUGUACACACAUCUGAUGUGGAUUAUAGACUGUUGGAAGCCUCUAAAGCAGGAGACUUGGAAACUGUGAAGCAACUUUGCAGUCCCCAGAAUGUGAAUUGCAGAGAUUUGGAAGGGCGUCACUCAACUCCAUUGCACUUUGCUGCAGGUUAUAACCGAGUAUCUGUAGUGGAAUACUUGCUUCACCACGGAGCUGAUGUGCAUGCAAAGGAUAAGGGUGGCUUAGUACCCCUGCAUAACGCCUGCUCAUAUGGACACUAUGAAGUGGCAGAGUUACUCGUGAGACAUGGAGCUUCAGUCAAUGUUGCAGAUCUGUGGAAGUUUACUCCAUUGCAUGAAGCAGCAGCAAAGGGAAAAUAUGAAAUCUGCAAGCUCCUUCUAAAACAUGGAGCGGAUCCAACAAAAAAGAAUCGAGAUGGCAACACACCUCUAGACUUGGUGAAAGAGGGAGACACAGAUAUACAGGACCUUCUGCGAGGUGAUGCUGCCCUUCUGGAUGCUGCCAAAAAGGGCUGCCUGGCGCGAGUUCAGAAGUUAUGUUCUCCAGAAAACAUCAAUUGCCGAGAUACUCAGGGACGAAACUCCACUCCACUCCAUCUUGCUGCCGGGUACAAUAAUUUGGAAGUGGCUGAAUAUCUUCUAGAGCAUGGUGCUGAUGUCAAUGCUCAGGACAAAGGAGGAUUAAUCCCACUACAUAAUGCAGCAUCCUAUGGGCACGUAGAUAUAGCAGCUUUGCUGAUCAAAUACAAUACCUGUGUCAAUGCAACGGAUAAAUGGGCAUUUACACCAUUGCAUGAAGCAGCACAAAAAGGAAGGACGCAGCUGUGUGCUCUACUUUUGGCUCACGGAGCAGAUCCAACAAUGAAGAACCAAGAAGGCCAAACACCUUUGGAUCUGGCUACAGCUGAUGAUAUCCGGGCUCUGCUAAUUGAUGCGAUGCCUCCAGAGGCCUUGCCAACCUGCUUUAAACCUCAAGCUACUGUAGUGAGUGCCUCUAUCAUUUCGCCAGCAUCAACUCCAUCCUGUCUGUCUGCUGCCACAUCAACUCCAUCCUGUCUGUCUGCUGCCAGCAGUAUAGACAACCUUGCUGGACCUUUAGCAGAAAUUGCUGUGGGAGGUGCGUCAAAUGCUGGAGAUGGAGCAGCAGGAGCAGAGAGGAAAGAAGAAGUUGUUGGGCUUGACAUGAAUAUCAGCCAGUUCCUGAAAAGCCUUGGUCUCGAGCAUCUUCGGGAUAUCUUUGAAACAGAACAGAUCACUUUGGAUGUACUAGCAGACAUGGGACAUGAAGAGCUGAAAGAAAUUGGCAUCAAUGCUUAUGGACAUCGUCAUAAGUUAAUAAAAGGUGUAGAGAGACUUCUAGGUGGGCAGCAAGGCACUAAUCCGUACUUGACUUUUCACUGCGUCAGCCAGGGAACUAUUCUUAUAGACUUAGCUCCUGAUGACAAAGAGUAUCAAUCUGUGGAAGAAGAGAUGCAGAGUACCAUCAGGGAGCACAGAGAUGGUGGCAAUGCCGGAGGAAUCUUCAAUAGAUACAACGUCAUCAGGAUUCAGAAGGUUGUAAAUAAGAAGCUGAGGGAAAGAUUCUGUCAUAGGCAAAAAGAAGUUUCAGAAGAAAAUCAUAACCAUCACAAUGAACGCAUGUUGUUUCACGGUUCACCUUUUAUUAAUGCUAUCAUUCACAAGGGAUUUGAUGAGAGACAUGCGUACAUUGGAGGGAUGUUUGGAGCUGGGAUUUACUUUGCAGAGAAUUCCUCUAAGAGUAACCAAUAUGUAUAUGGAAUAGGUGGAGGCACGGGCUGCCCCACACAUAAGGACAGGUCCUGUUAUAUCUGCCACAGACAAAUGCUUUUUUGUCGUGUGACACUGGGAAAAUCCUUCUUACAGUUUAGCACCAUGAAAAUGGCGCAUGCCCCUCCUGGGCAUCACUCUGUCAUUGGCAGGCCAAGUGUAAAUGGACUUGCAUAUGCUGAGUAUGUCAUCUAUAGAGGAGAACAGGCUUACCCUGAGUAUCUGAUUACAUACCAAAUUGUAAAGCCAGAUACUCCCUCACAGACGGCAACGGCUGCAGAGCAGAAGACCUAGUAAAUGCUGGUUAAGUGAAACAAAGUACAUGGCUUAAAUAACUUAUGGACUGGAUGGAUGACGUUACUUUUGACACAUCGCCAGUGUAUGAAAUGUCCUUCUGGAACUCGGCUGUAUGUGUUUUAUAAGCAUUGCUCUAUAAAUGAAUAUGAGUAACUGAUACGUACUCAAUUGCUACUAUUCCUUUUGAGGAAAUGUUUACAAAGAUUUGCCUUUUAACAACAUAUCUCAGGCUCACUUUCCAUGCAGUUGCCAUUAGUGUAACGACAUCAUUGCUUCAAUCUGGGUGUUUGGGAACAUUAUUUAAUAAAGCAGGGCUAUGCCAUGACCAUUUUGUAAUAAGAAAUUCUAAUGCUCCUGCUCUGGUUACUUAAUGCGCAUUGGUUAUAUUGAACCCAUGCCGUCUUCUGAACAUUCAGCGUGGUUUUAUUUUUUACAGUUCUUAGAUGGCUAUAUUUAUUUUUCUUUUCAUUUAUUACAAAAAUGAGCCAGGCCCUUCUUGAGGAUAUUUUUUGCACAAAGUCAAGUUGACUCAAAUCAAUUAACAAUGCAAUAGGAAUUUCUUACCCAAGAAGGUGUUAGAAAUAUAGUUCUUAGGUCUGGGAUUCUUUUUGCACUUUUUAUGAACUCUUCUUCAUAUUGCUAGGAGCACAUAUAUUUUUCUUAGAGUAGACACUCACCUUUUGUCCCUGCAAGUUCCUUUUUCUCUAAGAAAAAUUCUUACUAGUAUUCAUGAAGCAGCCUGUUCUUGAAAUGGGCUCUGUUUUUUCCUGGCUAAAAUACAGAUAGACCAUUCAUUAUCAGUGAGAAAUAUGGUGAGAUGGCUUAAGUAAGGACACAGAUGGUAAAUAUUUUGAAAGUGUCUGAUCAAAGGCAUAAGGAAGUUUGAUAGAAUGGAAAGGAAUAUGAAAUUUGCCAGAGGAACUUGCAUUGAAGGGCCUGGGUGGAUUUAUUUAUCUCCAAAGAGUUCAGAAGUUCACACACUCCCCCAGCUGCCCCAGCCGCUGAUCACCUGCUCUCCCACUGCUCCAUGAUCACAGCAAAAAGUGAGCAAGUCAACAUGAAAACCACUGUGGUGCUCUGAACAUCUGUGUCUUGUUUCCUCCGAUAUGUCUGCUUAAGAAAGAUGAGGAGGAACAAGAAUGUGAGUCAGAAACAUGCUCCAGGGGUCUCACUGCAUACAGUCUCAGAGAAGCUUUCCUGCAGAUUGGUUGUUAGAACAUGAAUGAUGCCCAUUACUUUUGCUUUAGGCCAUCUUCAUUAAGAAGAACUCAUUGCAAAUAAAUUCAGUCACAUGCUGUAUCAGCAACAAUCUACUGAAUUGGCACGCAAAUAUAUUUUCUCCAAUGUGGGGUGGUUUUUAAAGGCCUAUAGAGAAACAAGUUAAUGUGCAUUAAUCUUCUCCCAGAAGGCUGCUGGUUGCUUUCUCUCCUUUAAUUUUGGCCUCAUAAAUCUUGUAUGUGAAUAGCUGCUUCUCUGUUCUAAACUAUAUAAUAUCAGAAGUCUAACAUUAAAAAUUACUUUUCUCCCUGAGAUAAACAGCAUUACUUUUACAAUGCAAUAACUUUAGAAAAAAAUUAAGUAGUAAUAGAGAUGUAUAAGUAGGAUAUGGAAUGGAGAGAGAUUGUAAUGUAAAACAUAAAAGGAUAACUGCAAAAUCUUCAGUCAGAAGUCAACAGCCAAAUAAGGUUAGAUUGCUCAAAUUAUGGUUCUCCCAUAAAAACUUGUUAUUCCUUAGGGUAACAUGGGCAGACGGUUGCAAUUAUUUUAAGAAAUAUAUUGGCAUCUGCUUGGAAAUGGGGGCAAAAAAAAACCUUAUCUGCUGACACCGCAAGCACACAAACAAAACCCAAAGAAUCACAUAAUUUCAACAUCUGUUGUACUCAAUUCUUGAUUCAGAUUGGUUAAUCCUUUCUACAGUUGGACCAGAUGAAACAGAUUUUGGACAAUAUGAACCUUUUGCUUCUGUUUUUCCUCGCCACUUGAUUUGUUGGCUUGUAAUGUAGAGCUCUGGAUACCAAAGCUGGCCAGGAAUAGUUAUCCUCCUCCCCUCUUUUAAGUAAACGUUCCAGUUGUGAAAGUAUGCCUGGGGCUUCACUGUUAGAAAUCAGAUGGAGCUUCAUGUACGGAUUUGUUUUUAAGUGUAGCUGGGAGGAAUUUGCCAACUGCAGCAGAAAUUGCAAAGAAAUGCCAGAAAGUCUACCUUCUGCCAGCUUUAUGUAGAUGUUAACUGGAACCCAGCUGUUCUUUAUUGUUGACAUGGAUGUGGAAAAUGAGUGUUGUUCUCCAAAGGAAGGUAACAUUUGAUUCUGUGCUUGUCUCCCCCCUCUCCAGUGCGCUAGUUAAACCAAUGGAUGUUUUAGAUUUCAUCUAGUCCUGUACCCCAACAUCUCAAACUGUGGCCCUGAUCUUUUAAAUUGCCAGUGUUUUGUAACUGAUGUUCUGUGCAGAGUAAAAGGUGCUGUGCAAAGAA